AUGGCUUUGGGUUUCUUGGCCCGUUUCGGUGCCGUCUUCUUGUUCGGCUGCGCGCUUGCCUCCGAUGUCAACGACUUGGAUGCUUCGCUGGACCUGGAUGGGGAGUGCGACGGCAGCGGCACCUGUGCUUUGAGCGCAGUGCAGAUGAGAGGCGCCCAGCAGUCGGAGUUGGACUUGGAGAAGUCCGAGGAGCUUUCUGCGGGGCUCGAAAAGGUAGAGUGGGCUGCUGGCUGCCCCGCCGGCUACGAAACAGGUCCGAAUGGCAUGUACUGCUUCAGGAACAAAUGUCCUGGGCCGAAAGCAGUGAUGUAUUCGAUGAUGGACUGCUCAGUUUACCGGAAUUGCAGAAUCGGUUUGCUGGAGGAGGGUGCAGAGACUGCAGAGUCCACAGAGGCUGCUGUGGACACCAUGGAGGAUGCGGUCGAAGCAGAUGAGUCUGGCUGUCCACCGGGCCUGCCUUAUAUGGCGGAUGGCCGGUGCUUCCGCACGCUCUGCGAUUGGCCGCAGUCUGACAUCUACACGAUGGCCACCAACUGCAACUUCUACCGCGGCUGCUUCAUUCCUCCUCCCGUCUAUCCGCCCAACAAGAUCCGCAGGUUCUGGCCCUUCACGGCGCUGGUCAUCGCCACGCUCCUGGUCUUCGGUGCGCUUCAUGAGGUGGCGGGCCAGUCUGAGGGCAACUUUUGGAACGAAGCCAGCACCUCUGAGCCCGAGCACUUCGAAACCCACUAUCAGAUGGUGCGCCGCUUGCACCUCGAUGCUGCAGAGGAGCAGCUACCGCCGUUGCCUCCGCUGGUCUCUGCUGGGGCCACGUCAACCAGCGCCGCAGCAAUUCAGAACACUAGCGUGACGACGACAUCGGCUGCGACGUCACCCACGAGCAGUAGCAUGACCACCAGCGAGACCACGACGCCGGUGGAGACUUCAACUAGCAGCACAGCCGAUGAAGCUGCCAACGAGACCACGACGCCUCAGGCAUCUUCGACCACGAGCAGUAGCAUGACCACCAGCGAGACCGCGACGCCGGUGGAGACUUCUACUAGCAGCACAGCCGAUGAAGCUGCCAACGAGACCACGACGCCUCAGGCAUCUUCGACCACGAGCAGUAGCAUGACCACCAGCGAGACCACGACGCCGGUGGCAUCUUCAACCACGAGCAGUAGCAUGACCACCAGCGAGACCACGACGCCGGUGGAGACUUCAACUAGCAGCACAGCCGAUGAAGCUGCCAACGAGACCACGACGCCUCAGGCAUCUUCGACCACGAGCAGUAGCAUGACCACCAGCGAGACCACAACGCCGGUGGCCACAUCGAGCAGUGGCACAGCCGAUGAAGUUGCCAGCGAGACCACGACGUCUCAGGUUGCAACGACGACAACCACUACUAGCACAGCAGAGCCGCCCACCAGCGCUCCCACGACGUCUGCAGCCACGACAACCACCAGUACUAUCAGUACGGCCGCUCCCGAGAACACGACGGUAGCUGCCACUACCACCACCAGCACCACGGGGCAAAGCACCACGGAGGUGUGGGGUGCCUGGACGAAGGGGGGAGAUGAAGUCGAAGACAAGGUGACGGAGAAUGUCACGGAGGGGCCAAACGCAACCGAUGUGGCUUCUGAGGCUGGCGAGGCCGUGAAAGCUGCCGGUGCCGCAGCCAAGGCCAUUUGGGAUGGCCUGACGGGCUCGGGCAACGCCUCUGAAGUAGCCAACUCCACGGCCGCAGCAGCAGAAGCUGUCACAGAGGCAGCGAAGACGGCGGCGCAGGCCAUUUUUGGGCCCUCAGGCCCGAAGACGACGGUCCAGGUCACCAUCGAGGCCAACUCCGUUCCCGAGGAGGAGUACCUGACCACUGGCGUUCAAGUGAAGCUCAAAGCCACCAUGCAAACGUUGGCAGAGGAGCUGGAUGCGGAGGCGGGCCACGCCGAUGCAGACACCGAGUUGAAGCUGCGAGUGAUGGCAAUGGAUGCCGUGAGGCAGAGUCGUGGCCUGCUGGAUGGCACCAUGAUGCGUCUGGUGGCCUUCAAUUGCUCCGCCCCGGGGCUCCGGAGCUUCGAGCUGAGCACGGGCGUGGACCUGCAGAAGGCUUUGCACGAGGUCACGACGACGGUGGACGGAGUUUGUGUCCUGAAAGGCAGUCCCAAAGCUGCCGACGUCGAGGCGCAGAAGGUGUUGGACACCGCGCUGCUCCAGGCAGUGGCGCGCCAGCACGCAGCAGCGCUGAGCGAGACGAACAAAGCAGUGCGCCAUGCGCACACGGCGCUCAAGCAGUUGCAGUCCGAGGCACUUCAGAUGCAGCCGAAUUCGACCCUGCUUAGGGCCGUGAAAGAGGUCUUGGAAUCUCACCGCAACAGCUCGGAGUCCCUGGCCAAGGCUAUCGAGAAGGUGAAUGCCACGAUGGCACCCAAGGCAAAGCUCAUCCGGACUCAGAUGCGGAUGAAGCUGCUCGAACGCCUCCGGGUGCAUCGGAAUCUGGCCCUCUUUGGCCUUCAGGGGACCCUGGAGGCGGGGGCUCGCUUCGCAGGCGGCUUGCGCAAGGUGCUGCCGGUUCCGAGCCUCGGUGGCUGGGCUGUGCAACUCGGGGAGGCGGAGAUGGGAGUCAACAGGACGCUGGAGGCCUACAACUCCUUCCGCGCAGCAGCUGCCGCUGCAGAGAACGCGAAGGUCGAGGCAGAGACAGUGAAAGUGGAAUCCGAGAAGGCCAGCGAGGCUGCAUCGGAGUACGAGGCUGUCGCGCAAAACCGGAGCCUCGAGGCGCAGAAGAUGCGGGACGCGAUGAAUGUGCCAGGAGCCGUAGUCAACACCACGGAGAUUGACAUUUUGGACGGCGAGGCCAAAGCAGCCUCGGACGCCGCAGGCAGCCAGAAAAGGGAAGACGAGCAACUGCAGCUCCUCUACCAGGAGCUGCUCCAGGAGGUUGCUGGCAACCUCAGUCAGGAAGUGGCCAUGGCAAAAACAGUGGAGGGGUCCCUCGAGGCCGUUGUUGGUGCUUCCAUGGUCGCCGACCUCCAAUCGGCUGGUGCAGCCGAACUCGCCAAGACCUCCCUGCGUCACAUGAACGCGAGUAAGCAUCGGCCCGUCUCUCUCCUGGACAUCCAGGGAGCUGGAGAGGCUGGCAACGUCACGGUGCACGUGGACAUCUUCAGCCAGAAUGCCAGCGAGAUCCACGAGGUCAUCGAAGCGCUGGAGAGGAGGCUCAAGGCCACGUUCAUCUCGGACUUCGCAGCAGCAAUCCGAAUGCGCUCGCAAGAGAACGCAACGGCUGGUCACCUGAAGAUGUCCGCCCUGGUCGGAAGUUUAGAUUCCGCAGUGAUCGGGGAUGUGGCCAACACGACGGCCGAGACGAUCCACGAUGUGUUGGGCAAUGUCGUCACGGACAUCCAGAAGGUCCAGAUCGCCGGCCUUCCGAAUGUCUCAGGGGAGGGGUUACCGAUCCAUGCGCCGAGCCCUGCAGACGAGGCUCCAUCCACCGAGCCCCCAACGGAGGAGGAGGCGCAGGCAUCGUCACUGGGCUCUCCCCAUUCUCACGGAUCAGUCCGGGGCCCCUGGAGCUUCGUGGGACUCGUCGGCAUCGCCGUGCUGGGCGUGCUGGGCUUGCUGCUGGUAAUCGUGAACAGAUGCACCGGCUGA